GUUCUUUCCGCCCGGAAUCAACGGAAACGCAGCAGAGCCAGGCCGCCGCAACCUUCGCUUCGCUUUCCGCAAACGUGACCGCGAAGCCGCCGUGAAGUCGCCGCCGCCUCCAGCUCACUCCGGAGUCCCGAGGCCGCAACAAGUCUCACCCUCGCGGCCUCCGCCCAUUUCAGCUCCAUCGGCCGCGCCGCAACGCUCCCUGUCCGAGCCAAGCCGCGCCGCGACGCCUCCGCCCCUAGCCUAGCCAGCCUUGACCCCGUCGGAGCCUCAGGUAGAUGCGAGAGAGGUCGCCUCCCGCGGCCGUGUGAUGGGCAACACGUGCGGCGUCACCUUUAGAUCCAAGUACUUCUCCAGCUUCCGCGGCGCGCCGGAGCGCCACGACUCGGGCUACGCGCCCGUCGCCGCCGCCGCCGCCGCCGCCGCCGAUGCCGAUGCCGACUCGCCGCCGGGCAAGCGGCCCUCGCGCCCGGCGGCCGUGGCCGACGCGGCCGCCCCGCCCCCCGCUGCCGGCAUGCGCCGGGGCUCGCUCGCCCCCGCGGAGCUGACGGCCAACGUGCUCGGCCACCCCACCCCGAGCCUCCACGACCACUACCUGCUCGGCCGCAAGCUCGGGCAGGGCCAGUUCGGCACCACCUACCUCUGCACCGACCGCGCCACCGGGGCGGACUACGCCUGCAAGUCCAUCGGCAAGCGCAAGCUCAUCACCAAGGAGGAUGUCGAGGAUGUGCGCCGCGAGAUCCAGAUCAUGCACCACCUCGCCGGCCACCGGAACGUCGUCGCCAUCAAGGGCGCCUACGAGGACCAGGUCUACGUCCACAUCGUCAUGGAGCUCUGUGGCGGCGGCGAGCUCUUCGACCGCAUCAUACAGCGGGGGCAUUACAGCGAGCGCAAGGCGGCCGAGCUCACGCGCAUCGUUGUAGGAGUUGUCGAGGCGUGCCACUCGCUCGGGGUCAUCCACAGGGAUCUCAAACCUGAAAACUUCUUGCUGGCCAACAAGGAUGACGACAUGUCGCUUAAGGCCAUCGACUUCGGCCUCUCCGUCUUCUUCAAGCCUGGUCAAGUUUUCACUGAUGUUGUCGGAAGCCCUUACUAUGUAGCUCCAGAAGUGUUGCGCAAACGUUAUGGGCCAGAAGCUGAUGUAUGGACAGCUGGUGUAAUUCUUUACAUACUACUAAGUGGUGUACCACCAUUUUGGGCAGAGACUCAGCAAGGAAUAUUUGAUGCAGUAUUGAAAGGCGUUAUUGAUUUUGAUAGUGAUCCCUGGCCUGUUAUUUCUGAUAGUGCAAAGGAUCUCAUAAUGAGAAUGUUGAAUCCUCGCCCCGCAGAGCGUCUAACAGCACAUGAAGUUCUAUGUCACCCUUGGAUUUGUGAUCAUGGAGUUGCUCCUGAUCGUCCACUUGAUCCAGCUGUCCUUUCUCGCAUUAAGCAGUUCUCAGCAAUGAAUAAGUUAAAGAAGAUGGCUUUGCGAGUAAUUGCUGAGAGCCUUUCAGAGGAGGAGAUUGCAGGAUUAAAAGAAAUGUUUGAGGCAAUGGACACAGACAAUAGCGGUGCAAUUACAUAUGAUGAGCUGAAAGAAGGCAUGCGAAAGUAUGGUUCAACACUAAAAGAUACUGAGAUUCGUGAUCUUAUGGAAGCGGCGGAUGUGGACAACAGUGGAACCAUUGAUUAUAUAGAAUUCAUUGCUGCUACAUUGCAUCUCAAUAAACUAGAGCGAGAGGAACAUCUUGUGGCAGCCUUUUCUUAUUUUGACAAGGAUGGUAGUGGUUACAUUACAGUGGACGAGCUCCAGCAAGCUUGCAAAGAGCAUAACAUGCCAGAUGCUUUUCUUGAUGACGUCAUAAUCGAAGCUGACCAGGAUAAUGACGGUCGCAUUGAUUACGGAGAGUUUGUUGCCAUGAUGACAAAGGGCAAUAUGGGAGUUGGGAGGAGAACAAUGAGAAACAGCCUGAAUAUAAGCAUGACUGAAUGAGACUCUGCUAUACGGGACACUGCCUGCAAUUUUUUGUACGCUGCCAGUUGUACGUGUGGGCAUUCUAAUUGGUGGUCCUCUAAAUCUAACUCCUGCUAUUUCGUCCAUGAAAUGUAUGGGGGAAAUCUCCUAUAUCUUUUGUGAACUGGGAAUGAAAUGUUCAUAUAUUCCUUUUUUGUUUC